AUGGCGAUUAAGUUAGUGGUUGGAGGGAUCACUCAGAAUGUUAUUAGCACCUAUGCGCCACAAGCGGGCUUAGAUAAGGAGGUUAAGAGGUACUUAUGGGAGGGGAUGGAUGAGGUGGUGUGUGGUGUGCCACUUGUGGAGAAGUUAUUUAUAGGAGGGGAUUUCAAUAGGCAUAUAAGGACAUUUGCUAGUGGCUAUGGCGAGGUGCAUGGCGGCUUCGGCUUUGGGGAUAGAAACGGAGAAGGUACUUCACUGUUGGAUUUUGCUAGAGCUUUUGAGUUGGUGAUCAAGAACUCUAGUUUUCCAAAGAAGGAGGAGCAUUUGGUUACUUUUCGGAGUACUUUGGCUAAGACUCGGAUUGAUUACCUCCUCCUCAGGAGAUGUGAUAGGAGGAUGUGCGAGGAUUGCAAGGUUAACCCGACUAAGAUCCUUGCGACACAAUAUAGGCUCUUGAUGAUAGACUUUGUGGUCCAAGGUAAAGUGGAAGUAAAGAAAGCGUUGUAUCUUAGGUUAGUGGAGAGCAAAGACGAGGAAGAGAGAAGAGAGAAUAGAGGAAGAUAUAAGGAAGCCAGGAAGGAGAUAGCGGUCACAGAGGCUAAGACUGCAGCGUUUGGUUAUCUGUACGAGGAGUUGGGGGUCAAAGGAGGUGAGGGAGAAGAAGGCUCGUGA